GAACCAGUAAGAGGUCUGAACCAUUAAGAGCUAGUAUAUUGCUUAACUAUUCAGAGGCAAAUGUCUGAUCAAUUCAGAUAACAGCUCUUAACCAUUCAGACUCUGUAUAAUACUUAACCAUUCAGAGGCAAAUCUCUUAACCAUUCAGACAUCUGAACCAUUAAGAGGCUGAAACAAACAGUCUGAACCAUUAAGUGCUGAAUCAUUCAGACAUCUGAACCAUUAAGAGGCUGAAACAAAGAGCUCCUAAAUUUCAAAUCUAUAGGAUACAAAUAGCUCACUUCAAUCAUGCGUUUACGAACUACGAAGUAAACUCUAAUUUCCUUGAGCACUUCGGUGAGCCAUAUAUAAAACAAAGACAUGGUGGACUCAGCCGUUAGGCGGUGGUUCACGGCGGCGGUAUUGAUUGCAUCACUGUCGGAGCCGGCGGUUAGCGGCCCACAAACCGACCAGCUAAACAAGGGGUGCAGCCAGUACAAUGCUACCGACGCCACAGAUUUCUCCCGGAGACUCAACUCCAGCUUUGCAGAUCUGAGAAACCAGCUAUUAUUGUCCCACCGGCAAAACAACAUCAGCAAACACUUCGCCACCACUGGGCCGCCUGUCUAUGCCAUGGUCCAGUGCAGAAACUACCUCUCCGCCGCUGACUGCGUUGCCUGUUAUGACGCGGCAGUGGCGGCCAUCCGAAGCUGCUCCUCCGCCAACGGUGGCCGUGUCAUAUUUGACGGCUGCUUCCUCAGGUACGAGAGCAAUAACUUCUAUGAUCAGACUACCCUACCAGGAAACCUUGCAAUUUGCAGCAACAGAACUGCCCUUCAAAGAGUUCCCUUCAAUGCAACAGUAGAACAACUGCUGAAUGAACUUCAGACUGCAACACCCAAAAUUGAUGGGUUUUUCGCUGCAACAAAGCGGGUGGUCUCUGGUGGCAGCAGUGGCGGUGCAGCCGCCUAUGCGGUGGCCCAAUGUGCGGAGACAAUCAGCAAAAGCGGCUGUCAAGAUUGCUUGGCGGUGGCUCACAAGAACAUACAAGGGUGUUUGGGUAAAUCUGCAGAGGGCAGAGCGGUUGAUGCCGCUUGUUUCUUGAGAUAUUCAGACACCCCUUUUUUCGCUGAAGAUCAUGUGACUAACCUUGAACCCUUCCUAGGAAUAGGGAGUUCAGGGAAGAAGAAGAAAGCGAUUAUUAUCGGAUGUGUUGUUGGAGGUAUGGGACUUGUUUUGGUAUUUGGAGUCGUUUUCCUUUUAUACCAAAGAUCUAACAAGCCAGAGGCUACCAAAAGAGGGAAUAUUUCUGGGACAACUGAGUUGAGAGGUCCAGAGACUUAUAGAUUCAAAGAUUUAAAAGCAGCAACAAAAGAUUUCUGCGAAGAAAAUAAACUCGGUGAAGGAGGUUUUGGCGGCGUAUAUAAGGGCGUCUUAAGGAGUGGGGAUGUGGUUGCAGUGAAGAAAUUGGCCAUGAUUUCGAGUAGGGCAAAAGCAGACUUUGACAGUGAGGUUAAGCUCAUUACAAAUGUCCAUCAUCGUAAUCUCAUCCGACUGCUUGGAUGUUCUUCCAAAGGCGAAGAUCUGCUAUUGGUCUAUGAAUACAUGGCAAAUGGCAGCCUUGACAAAUACUUAUAUGGAGAGAAACGAGGGACGCUGAACUGGAAGCAACGCUUUGAUAUAAUAUUUGGUACAGCGAGGGGUCUUGCCUAUCUACACGACCAGUUCCAUGUAUGCAUCAUACAUAGAGAUAUAAAGUCCAGCAAUAUACUAUUAGACAACAGCUUCCAGCCCAAAAUUGCUGAUUUUGGUUUGGCCAGGCUCUUACCCGAAAACCAGAGUCAUCUUAGUACCAGAUUUGCAGGAACUUUGGGAUAUACAGCUCCAGAAUAUGCAAUCCAUGGUCAUUUGUCUGAAAAAGUUGACACGUACAGUUUUGGUGUCGUCGUCCUGGAGAUUGUUAGUGGGCGAAGAAGCGGCGACGUCCAAUCUGACCCUGAAAAUGAGUAUCUCCUUGAGCAGGCAUGGAAUGUGUGUGAGAGCGGGAACCACCUAAAACUUAUGGAUGAGAGUUUAGACCCAAAUGACUAUAAACCAGAAGACGCAAAGAGAAUCGUGGAGAUCGCACUGAUGUGCACCCAAUCACCCCCAAACCGAAGGCCAAGCAUGUCUGAAGUUGUUGUCAUGCUUUCAAGCGAUCAUUCAACCACGCAUGACGCCCCAAAAAGGCCUUCCAUUAUUGAUUUCGACAAGAGCGCGAGUACUGCAAACACAUCAACCACCACUCUAUCGUCCACUUCUAAUGCCACUGUUUCAUUUUCUCGUGCCACGGGUCGCUAGUCUUUCCCGUCUCGAGAUAUUCGUUAAUGCCUACGUGCUGUAUUGUUAAUAGUAUGGCCCUGUAAAACAAGCUUUUAAUAAACCGAACAUGAAAGCAGUUGCUUCACAAAAGCUUUAAUGCCUCUUAUUUUUGUUUACAUUUGAGAUGCAUAUGAUACAUAUGUUUAUACUUUGUAAAAAUAAUCUGAACAUAGUGGA